AUUUCUUUUUUCCUACAGCACUUAAAGGCAGCGCCGCGUCGCCCCGAACAAACGAUCCUGCGAAACAAACAAAGUGAGAGUAAACAAAUAUGAAACGUCCCGGACAUGUUAUAACAGCGACUUUGUCAACAUUAACUCUUCUACUUUGUCUGUGUUCAGUCAGAGGUGACUUCUGUGAGGUGAAUGUUUGUCUCAAUGGAGGAACGUGCGUGACAGGGAUAGGAGAGGAUCCUUUCAUCUGCAUCUGUGACGAUGGCUUCGCUGGAGACACCUGCAACCUGACAGAGACAGGACCCUGCAGUCCAAACCCCUGUAAGAACGAUGGGUCGUGCGAUAUAAUCACUCCCACCAGACGAGGAGACGUUUUUAACGAGUACGUCUGCAAGUGCCAGCCUGGCUUCGAGGGAGCGCACUGCCAGAUCAAUGUGAACGACUGUGCAAACCAGCCCUGUAAGAAUGGAGGGAAAUGUCGAGAUCUCGAUGGAGACUACACCUGCCAGUGCCCCUCACCGUAUGUUGGGAAGCAGUGCCAGCUACGUUGCACUUCUUUGCUCGGGAUGGAGGGUGGAUCAAUCGUGGAGUCCCAGAUUUCCGCCUCCUCUGUGCACUACGGCAUUAUGGGUCUUCAGCGAUGGGGCCCGGAUCUUGCUCGACUCAACAACCAAGGCAUCGUCAACGCCUGGACGUCAGCCGCCCAUGACAGGAACCCCUGGAUCGAGAUCGAUAUGCAGAAGAAGAUGCGUCUGACGGGCAUCAUCACUCAGGGAGCCAGUCGCAUGGGCACGUCAGAGUACAUCAAGGCGUUCAAGGUGGCAAGCAGCUUUGAUGGGAACCUUUAUAUUACUCACAGAGCUGAUGGCCAACGGAGGGACAAGGUAUUCAUUGGCAACGCAGAUAACGACAGCACAAAGACCAACCUCUUUGACCCUCCUAUCGUAGCCCAGUACAUCCGCAUCAUCCCUGUGGUGUGCCGCAGGGCCUGCACGCUGCGCAUGGAGCUGGUGGGCUGUGAACUCAAUGUUCAUUCAAACACGGUAGGUUGCUCAGAGCCCCUGGGAAUGAAGUCCCGCCUCAUCUCAGACGGGCAGCUAACGGCCUCCAGCUCUUACCGCACGUGGGGCAUCGAUACCUUCACUUGGCACGCUCAGUUUGCCCGACUUGAUAAGCAGGGAAAGACCAACGCCUGGUCUCCUGCACACAACAACCGCUCAGAGUGGAUCCAGGUCGAUCUGGAGAAGACAUCGCGUCUCACAGGCAUCAUCACUCAGGGGGCCAAGGACUUUGGAGUGGUGCAGUUUGUGUCAAUGUUUAAAGUAGUUUACAGUAACGAUGGAGAGUCUUGGAGUACAGUGAAGGAGGAGAAAACGGACUCUGAUAAGCUUUUCCAAGGCAACAUCGACAACAACACCCACAAGAAGAAUCUGUUCGAGCCUCCGUUCUACGCCCGAUACGUGCGCGUGGUCCCCUGGGAGUGGCAUGAGCGCAUCACUCUGCGGGUGGAGCUGCUCGGCUGCGAUGAUUAAAAACUCACUUAUGAUGUAACAGGGCUGAGGAAUGAGAGGAAUGGAUCUCAAACACAAUCAUUUGUCCUGUACUCCCUUGGGCUUCUCUGAACAACGAUCCUGGACUGUAACACUUGUAGCACUUUUUGACUAGUGACCUUUUUAUGUUUUAUUUAAUAACAUUGUUUGACAUUGCUCACUGAGAAACGUCUACAAAGUACAAAUGGUUCAAUUGUAAUAGCUUUGAAUAAUAACUAAAUGAGCUAUUAGUGUUUAUUAUUUGUUUUCUCUAAGAAUUUUAAUGAAUUUUCGGUUCUUUUAAGCCUGUAGACAUGAUAAUAGGGCUCUUCACCUCAUCCAUCUGAGUACAACUUUGACUAAUUGCUCUGUCCUUCCUUGGCUGUCCAACACUACAUUUUAGUUUUAACAUUCUGCAUAGGGCCGAUAACAAACAUCCUCACAAGCACACCCACUGCAUCUCACUUUGGCCGACUUUGUAGCACAAUAGCAACUAUAAUGACGCAGGGCCUGUGCAAUAUAGAGUAUAUAUGGCAUUUUCAACUAUCCUGGAAGAGAUAGUAAAAACCUUUUUAAAUAUCGAUCUUCAGUACCCCAAUCUAUCAAUUUUUUCGCAUUUUAGCAAUUUCAUUCUAAUUGAAUCAUGUUUACAACAGUGUGAAAUAUGUAGACAUUUGUAUAGAAAAUAUACAUUGUUUUACAUUCUUUUUUAUUAAUAUUAUUCAUUGUUGGUCUUUAAAUGAUGCCAUGUAUUAAAUAAAAAUAAUUGUUUUGCACACAAUA